AUGAAGACUUAUGUUGUAUCCAUUGAAAGUCCUCUGAUCAACGGCACCGUGACAUUUGAGUCCAAGGUGCCGCCUCACUAUCCCUGUGGCCCUAAGGAACUUCGAUCAAACCUCCAGACUGCGAAGAACUUUGGCUGGGCCAACGCCGUUCCGGAUUCGGAUGCGGUUGUUGAUCUCAUAGUGGGCGGUGAGCAAGUCAAGUACACUGGGUACGGGUACCAUGACAAGGAUUGGGGUGACAGGCCAUUCGUGGAGAGUUUCAUCGACUGGUAUUGGGGCCAUGCUCGUCUUGGCGACUACUCUAUCGUCUGGUUUGACUUUAUUGACGACGAGUUAGUCAACACUGUCAGCUCAUACGCGUCGAAAGACGGAAAGAUCAUCACCGCAUCUUGCAAAGAGGGAGCUGUCAAGGUGCGCCCAGUCGACGGGCCGUACCCGCCUGUUGGGGAUGGGAACUUUCCCUCCGCGUUCAACAUUGUCAUGGAUCUUGGAAAAGAAGGCAUUCUCAAUGCCACAGUCACCCGAGAAUUAACCGUUCUGGAAGUUCCCAUCUAUGAACGGUGGACAGGACCCGCCGUAGGAUCUAUCAAUGGCGGUCCGGAGAUGACUGGAGUUGGUCUAUGGGAGGAGGUUAACCUUCUCAAUCCCUUGGCGUAG